CCCGACGGGCAGCGGGGCGCUCGGCCGCCGCGUCUGGGCAGAGCUCGGCGACGCUGCCGCCCCGAAAUCCUCCUGGAUCUUGAGGCGUAUGGAACCUCAAGGUCUUUGUGACAAUGGAAACCAAAAAAUUGAUUGGUAAACCGCUUCAACCAGCAAGACCUGUUCGCCAUCUGACUUCUUCCCCUGGAACAGUGUUCCCUUUCAAUUUUCAAAAUGAAUAUGCAUGCAACACUCAGUGCUUACAAAGUGGAGUUAGCAGAUGUAAGACGAAUGGAAUGCAAACCUUUUCUCAAGGUCUCAGUGAACAACAGCAACAUCAGUCUCCAGUUAAAAAAGAGAGAAUUAAAUACAGCAGAGAUUUCCUGUUGAAGCUCUCAAGUGUUUCCAUCUGCAGAAAAAAACCAGACUUUCUGCCUGAUCAUCCCAUUGUACUUAAAAAACCAGAAAACAACCAGAGUUUUAAGUAGCAUUUUAAGAACAGAUGAAUUUGAAGAUAAAGAAUUAUUCGUUUUAUAUUUUGGACACCUGCAAAUGAAGUGGAUCUAGUAACAAUAACUAUAAUGGACUGUGACAAUUCAUUUUAUUUUUAAUUUUUAUGGUUGGCUAUUUGGUUUCUCCUAAAAUGAGAAAGAUAUUUUAAACUAUAAAGAAUUUUCUAAUCAAUUUCAGCUUUGCAGGCAGUUUCCUGCAUAAAUUGCAAAGUAACACUGGAAAGUAGGAAUUUGGUUAGUGAAGUGGGAAGACUGUAUUUAUAUUUGCAUGCUACUUGCAAUUUUUGUGUUUCAUCACUUGUAAUAAUGGAAUGGACAUGUAAGCUGUAAAGAUUCUCAAAUAUAAAGUAUUUGCUACAAGGUAUAUAUGGUAUAGAAUUUCUUUUAU